AUGAUCUUGUUACAUUUGGUCCAGAAAAAAUCAAAAUCAGUAGAACUAUUUAACAAUAAGGAGGCAAGCAGAUUUGCACAGGCUAAUCGCAUCUCCGUGGGAAUUCUUCUUACGUCUCUGCUUUUUGUAACACUACCAAGCAUAGGCGUUGGCUUUGCUAGAAUUAUCCAUUUCCCUAUAUUUAGAACUUUUGGUCCUUUUUACAUACUCGGGCUCCUAGCUGCAGGCUCGUGCAACAGCAUAGUUUACGGUGCGCUGAAUUACGAAAUGCGAACACUGAUCAAAAAUUUUUUUCGAGGAAAAGGAUUUACUGCAAAGAUUGGCACACUAACAAACGUGCCAGCUCCUAAAACAUCAUUUACUGAAAUUGACAAAAGAAUGAGAUCGAUAUGGAGAAAUGGUGAGAUUAUGCUGGUAUAAGC